UAAUGACCGUUUGGUUCUUCUCAUAUUCUCUCUCUCUUUCUCUCUUUCUCUGUUUCUCAAUCUUCAUAUUACAACAUUACUUUACACAAAUUAUUAUUAUGAAGAGAUGCUUUCUAGCUUGUUUUUCUUCUUCUUCUUCUUCCAAACGUAAAAAUCCCUUUCCUCCCAAUUCUAUUCCUAUUACUAUUCAACAACCAACUCACCCAAACAAAGACAUUCUCCUUCAAGAUUCCAUCCACUGGCUUUCACAAUCCAAAACAGAAAAUGAAGAAGACCUAUCUCAUAACUACAACAACAAACCCCAAGAAGAAGAAGAAGAAGAAGAUCAUGAAGAGUGUUCUGAUUCACUCUUUUCUCUUUCCAUUGGUUGCAGAAAACCAGUUUCAACAGAUGAUAAUGCUGCUGAUGAUACUGAAGUUAACAGUGCUCCAAUUCAACAAUUCCACCCUGCAAAUAAUCUAUCUAUUGUUCCAUUCAAGAGUCAACAACAACCCAAUGAUUUGGAGGGAAAAAACAGUGAAGAAGAAGAAGUGAAACCAAUAACUAUGAAUCACUCUCUCAUUGAGUAUCGAUAUCGCGAUUGCACCGAUGAUGGAUACAAUGAUAUUAACCUUGAUGGUGAUGAUGAUCCUUACAAUGAAAAGAGAGAGGUAGAAGGUUCAGAGGCAGAAGGUUCAGAGUCAUUGUUUUCUCUACCCACUGAUUAUUAUUAUGAUAAUAGAAAACGAGUUUCAUCAACUGAAAAAGUUGAUGAUGAAGUUAGCAGUAUUAUGGUGGCACCACAGCCCCAAGAAGAAGAAAGUAAAGGAAACAACAUUGCAGAAGAUGAUGUUUGUUCAGUUCUGAAACCAAUUGAGAAUUAUGUUAGUAAAGAGAACGUGAAGGUGAUGAAAGAAACAAUGAAGAAAGACAAAGAAAACAUCAACAUGAUGAAUAAAAUUGGGGUAGAUACUAGUCUCUCUAAUUGGUUGGAUGAAUCAGACGAGAGUAAUACACCAAAAUCAAUUACAAAAGGAUGUGAUUAUGUGAAUUUAGGAGCAUGGACAUUUAAAGAGAUGAUAAAGUAUUGUUCUGCAACAUCUUCUAGUCCUGUUGAGAAGUCACUUAUUGGUACUGUUUGGGAGCUAUUGGAGUCAGAACCGGUCUUCCAAAUCAAACACCUAUAGAAAGGAUGGGAAACAAGAUUGGAAAUGAGUUCAACGACAAUAAAGACUGGACUUGAAGCAGCGUUUGAAGCCAGUGUUGCUGAAAACUGAGCUCUUAUAUGUAAAUGAGUGUCCCAUUCAGAAGAGUAUAGAUGAACCGUGAACUUUAUUAUAAGGCACACUUUCUGUAGUUCAAUUGUUUCCAAGUUUUGGAUGAUUCGAAUUUCCUAGUUUUGUUUUGUGCAAAUAUAUAAGUACAUGUAUUUUGUACU